AUGAAGCUCAACCCAGCUAAGUGCUCAUUUGGGGUCAGUUCCGGCAAGUUCUUCGGGUACAUUAUAACCCUCCGGGGCAUUGAAGCCAACCCGGAGCAAAUCAGGGCCAUUCAUUCGAUCCUUUCCCCGAAGAAAGUCAAGGAGGUCCAAAAGCUAAUGGGAAGAAUGGCAGCCCUGAGCAGAAACCCGCUACAGCGAUCUAGCGAAGCUGGCCUUAGCCCUGAUAGUCGCCACUGCAAGUUGCGGCCGUACUUUCAGGCUCACCCAAUCGUGGUCGUCACCUCCUUCCCCGUAAAACUGGUCCUCCACAAGCCUGAAGUCUUUGGACGCCUAGCGAAAUGGGUUGUGGAACUAGGGGAAUACGAUGUGAUUUUUCGACCAGCCACAGCUAUAAAGUCACAGGUCCUGGCAGACUUUGUGGCCGAAUUCUCUCCUAUCUUGCUCCCAGCUUUGGAGCAAGAAGAACGCCUCCGAAGCGAAACAAAGGAAGAAGGAGAAUGGGUCCUGCAUGUCGAUGGAUCCAGCAACAUCAGAGGAGCCCAUGUAGGAAUAUUGCUUACCUCGCCGACAGGGAACACGACCUCAAGGGCCGUAAGAUGCAACUUCAAAGCGACCAACAACGAAAGCGAGUACGAGGCCUUAAUCGCAGGACUAACACUCGCCCAUCAAAUGGGGGCAGAAAACAUUCAGGUCUUCGGUGACUCCCAGCUGAUAAUCAACCAAGUGCACGGAGAGUACCAAGAAAAGGACGACAGCAUGAUCCAGGAACAGAACUCGCAAGCCGAUGCCCUGGCUAAUCUAGGGUCCGCCCUCGAAACAAACAGUCAUAUGAGCAUACCCUUGCAUGUGCUUCAAUGGCCAGCCACCCUUGAGGAACCCCAAUCCGAAGAGGUCUCCGCUAUCGUAGAGGGCAAAACCUGGAUGACUCCCCUAGUCUGGUACCUAGAGAAUGACAUUCUUCUAGAAGAUCGCAAAGAGUCCAGAAAAAUCAAGAAGCAAGCCGCAAGAUAUUGUAUCUCCCAGGAGAAGCUAUACCGGAGAUCCUUCUCAGGGCCGUACUUGAGAUGUGUCACACCUCGAGAAGCCGCUAGAAUCCUUGUAGAACUACAUGAAGGAGAUUGUGAGUCCCAUUCUAGCAGCAGGAGCCUGGUGCUCAGGGCCAAAAGAGCAGGCUACUAUUGGCCCACGAUGGCCGCAUACGCCAACCAGCAAGCCAAACACUGCGACCAGUGUCAGAGGCACGCUCCAAAGGUCUUCCUUCUGGUAGUCACUGAUUACUUCUCCAAAUUGGUCAAAGCAGAAGCACUCAGCCGGAUCACAGACCUCCAGAUCCGCAAAUUCCUAUGGACAAACGUAAUCACUCGCUUCCGGGUCCCCCAUGAGAUCAUCGUCGAUAAUGGGCCGCAGUUCACGAGCCACAAUUUCAAGGAGCAUUGCAAGGACUAG